GUUAUUUUGUAAGAAUUAUGAAAAAUCAUCAAACAAUGAGUGAGAAGUUUGAGAAAUUCAUAUGGACCAUCAAAAUAAUUUCUCCGUGCUGGUGGAGUUUGAUAAGUACCAGUUUGUUUUUGGUGGCUAUACAUGGAGCAUUUCUGUGGGUAUAGAUGAAAAUCGCUUUAUGGUCUUUAUCUUGGAAGUUGUUGAUUGGAUUCAAGGACACAGCAUCACUACAAAUUUCAAGUUCUCAUUUGUUAAUCAGAGGGUUGGCACACUCGUAAAAUCAAUAGCAACAGAUGGACAGGUAAGAUUCACUGAAGAUACUCAUCGUGGAAGUUGUGUUUUCAGUUGGAGGACGUCUUUGGAUCCAUUAGAACUUACUUUUAAUGAUAAUUUGGUCAUUGUUGCCGAAUUCUUCAUGAAGGAAUCACCACAUCAUCAUAAACAAUUAGAUGAUGGAACUAGUAACACUAUUAUUGAUGAUUCCUCAAAACCAUGUUUUCAUGUUUAUGAAGAUUUUGAGAACACAAAGGAAAAGGGUUUUGUUCAAUUGGCAGAGGAAGCUUGCCGCAAGCAUCCAUCAGUCAUUGAAUGUCAUAAGAACAAAAAUCAUAGUUCUAUGUUCACCAAAUGGGGAUUCAUGGCAUUGGGAAGAGUGUUACAUUUUCUUAAGACUAAGAAGGUGAAGGAUAUGAAUGAUGAAGCUUGCAAGGAACUACAAGUUUUAUGGAAAGAAGUCAAUGCUUUCGGAUUUGAUGAUUUGGCUUGGUUGGAGCCUCAUGUUAAGUGUGCUUUGGGCAUGAGGAAUUAUAAGGAGAGAACUAUGCAUGUGAAAAAAAUGAAGGAGAAUGUGGCAGCUCUUGAAGUUGAUCUUAAAGUGGCAAGAGAAGAAUUGGUUAAAGCUGAAGAAGGUUUUGAAGAAAGGGACUUAAAUGAUGUGUUGGGAUAUUGAAGACCUACACAGCUAGGUUGGUUUCACUUUUGUGUAGAAUGUUUUUAAUUAAAAAUAUUGGUUAUUAAUUUUCUAUCUAAGUGAUUAAUUACUUUAGUGUCAAAUGAGUUAUUUGGA